AUGUCAUCUAGUUCAAAUUAUUCAAAUACUUUUGAAGAUUGUAGUAAAGAAGAAAAUUUACAAACACAACUUGAGAAUGAUAUUUAUAUUAGUGAUUUGGAAAAGAAUAGUAUUGAAGUUGAACAAAAAGAAAUUAUACAAAGUAUACAAGAUAUAAGUUUUCAAGAAUCAAUUUCAACAGAUGAAGAAAAUUUGACUAAAAAUUUUGAAUUAUUACUACAAGUUAAAUUAUUUAAAAAUUGGCAAAUUUAUGAAGAUUUAAUUAUAUUAUUAGAACAAUUUAAUGAAGCUACUAUUGAACUUUCUUCACAAAAAUAUCCAACAAUUGCACAUGUACAAAUAAUUUUAUUAGCUCUUAGAAAUGAUUUAGAAUCUGAUAAGGGUGAAAAUUUUCUAUUAGAAGAA